AGUCUUCCUCAAUGGGUUCUCCCAAAAUCCUAUUAGCCAUCACUCUGGCCGGAAUUUUAGCCGGGCUGAUGAUGCCAGAAUCCAUAGUAAUGGCUCAGAAUUGUGGUUGUGCAUCUGACCUUUGCUGUAGUCAGUAUGGGUAUUGCGGAACUGGCAGCGAAUACUGCGGCACUGGAUGCCAAUCGGGGCCUUGCGAUGGGUCAUCGUCAUCAACGUCUAACGGCGUUGUGGUAGGUGAUAUAGUUACACAAGAUUUCUUCAAUGGGAUAAUCAACCAAGCUGACUCAAGCUGUGCCGGCAAGAGCUUCUAUACUCGUGAUGCAUUCCUCGAAGCAACUAAUUCGUACACUAGCUUCGGCACCACCGGAACAACUGAUGACUCUAAACGUGAAAUUGCUGCCUUUUUCGCCCAUGUAACUCAUGAGACAGGACGUAAGUUCUUCAUUUGUUACAUAGAAGAGAUAGAUGGUGCUUCUAAGGAUUACUGCGAUGAAUCAAACACACAAUACCCAUGCGCGUCCGGCAAGGGUUACUAUGGCCGUGGACCGCUGCAACUAUCGUGGAACUAUAAUUAUGGACCUGCGGGAAACAGUAUAGGAUUUGAUGGAUUAAAUUCACCUGAAACUGUGGCCAACGAUGUUGUGAUUUCGUUCAAGACAGGAUUGUGGUUCUGGAUGAACGAUUGUCACUCAAUCAUAACUUCUGGGCAAGGGUUUGGAGCUACGAUUAAAUCCAUUAAUAGUAUGGAAUGCAAUGGUGGAAACUCAGGAGCUGUGCAAGCUCGUGUUCAAUAUUAUCAGGACUAUUGUAACCAAUUUGGUGUCUCUCCUGGUGACAACCUCACUUGUUAAGAUGGUACAUCUUUUGUAAUUUAGUUUAAUUUCCAAAGAGGAGAGGGAAAAAAAUAAGGACUAGAGUGUUAGUCCAAAUCC